CGCCCCCGAUCGCCCCUUAUCGCGGGACGUCUAACAAUUGGCCCGCUAUCACAAAGUGUCGGAUGGAGUUGACCUCUCCUGAACAGACAUCUCUGUCAGCCUCUCUUCAACCACACUUUAGUCCAGCAGACAGUUCACGUCGUUGGCUUCUUGCUUCAGCUUCUCGCGCCAUGAACAACCUCUAAUCGAAUUGGAUCCUCCUUCGACACUCUCGUUUCCCAACUCUUCUUUUUGCUUUUAAUAGUGUCCUUGUUAAUGAUUUGAUCCGAUCCUCCGAGAAUCGAGAAUUGUUUACUUCAACUUGUCGCAAUAACCAUCGCGAAUCGCACAUACAUACGAAACACAAUGCCUCGACAAUACGUCCUCUUUGGACGGCCACUCCCCCGACUAGGGUCACGGCACCUCUCCCUCCUCCUCGUUUCCGUCUCCCUCUUCGCCAUCUUCAGCCUCCUCUUCACCCUCCCGAGCGCCAUCCCAACGGGGCCGAGUCUACAAAUCGCCGACCACAAGCUCUCGAUCCCCGACUCGAUCAAGAACCCCUGGAACAAGGUCAACCCGUUUAAGCAACCGGCCCACGCGCCCCCGCGCCAGAAGAACGACACCUACGGCCAGUCCUCCUGGUACGCCAACUGGAAAUGGCUGUCCUACCCCUUCAGCAGCUCCGUCACCCUCGACGAGAGCCGCUCGCUGCUUCCCGAGCUCGGCCAGCGCCCGCCCAUCUACGUCUACUAUGACAACACCAUCGAAAGGGAAAAGGCCACCAAGGAGGUCGAGAGCGACAUCCUGCUCUCGUGGCGCCGCGCCUGGUGGGCGCAGGGCUUCAAGCCUAUCAUUCUCAGCCCUGCUGAGGCUAUGAACAACCCCAUGUACGAGGAACUGCAGCACCGCAGCGAGGGUAUGGACGCCUCCCUCAAGACGGACAUCAUGCGCUGGUUGGCCUGGGAGAACAUGGGCGGCGGUCUGCUGGCGCAUUACUUCCUGUUUCCCAUGGGCGCCUACGACGAUCCUCUUUUGGUCUAUCUGCGCCGCGGCGAGUUCCCCGGCUUGACGAGAUGGAAGGAUCUCGGCGAUGGUCUCUUCGUCGGCCCCAAGGCGGACGUCGCAAAGGCCAUCAAGCUCGCCCUCGCCAGCCCCAACCUCAAGACGGCCAAGAACUUCCUCGAGGCCACCAGCGCCUCCAAGGAGGAAGGGCCCUUCACAAUCGACGACACCGAGCCCUCCUCCCUCGCCUUCUACUCCGCCUCCGCGCUCAAGCUCUACCCCAAGGUCGCCGAGACCAUCGGCGGCGACCGCGUCGCCGGCCUCAAGUCCCUCAACGAGCUGAUCAACGCGCACCUGCACCAAACCUGGCAGAACCUCUUCUCCGAGGGCAUCGCGGUCGUCAAGCCUUUGCCUCAACACACGACGCACAUGAUUGCGCCGUCAUAUUCCGUCGCCCUGCGUCUGGCUUCCUGCCCGGCCAAUAACCCGCUCCCGUCGUCGUGCCCGCCCAACCGCCCCAAGUGCGUCCCGUGCUCGACCAGCGCGCACCUGAUCAAGAUCUCCACGCCUGCGCACUAUAAAAACAGCUCGGCGCUGUACACGAUCGGCACCGUCCCGCACCCAUAUACCAUCCAAUCCCUCUCUUCGAUGCGCGAGCAGAUCACGGUGCCUUGGAUCCGCCGCGACUCUGUCCGCGAUGCCUGGGUCGGCGAUCUCAUGACCGAUCUCUUCAAGGGCAAGGCCGUCCCCGCCGGUGCGAGGGUUCUGCGCUUCAAGGAAGCGUUGGCAGGUGAAUACGGCUCUGCGCGCUCUCUCUGGUUGACAGCCGAGCGUGACACCCCCGAAGGUAUUCUCGACUGGCACUUUGGUUUCGACCUCCCCGCUCUCCCCUCCUCCUCCUCCACUUCCACUUCCGGCUCCCCCAAGGAAAAAGAAGGAGGAGGAGAACACAAACACGACGACGCCACCGAGAAAAUCGAGAGCGAAAUCCACAAACCAAAGGAUACUUCCAUCCUGCCUCCCAUCCACGACGAAAAAGAAGGUCCCGUCCCCUCGGAGCAAGAUCUCAAGCUCGAACCUAAUCUGCUGUCGCUGGCCAAGACCAUCGUUUCCUCUGCCUCCGACGAAGCAGAAAACAAGAACAAGAAAAUCCACAAUAACUUGAACAAUAAGCAUAAAUAUGGUAUGGUACUGGUGGUUACGAUGUUGUCCAUGAACACCGCACUCCAAGUCAAAUCGUUCAAGGACCUGAAAUCUGGCGCCACGCACAGAUAGCUAGCGGGGUCCCCCAUGUACAGCUUUCCACCAGCAGAGAGGAGGACCUUCACUUCUCACUUCUCUAGGACUAGCACCUAGGUAUAUAAGCCCCAAACCUCAAACCUUCCAACACAAUCCAGUACCUUAGCUUACGUCGGUGCGUGGUACGCAGUAUGCUCUCGCCGGAAGAAUGCAUUGGUGUUUUCGUAAGUCUGCAGUAGCUGCCCCUGCCUAGCCUCGAGUUCAAGUUCU